AUAAAACGACAGUCCCACUCUCUCUCCCCAGCACAAACAACCAUGGAUAUCAUCUUAUCAGUUUCAGCUCUCAUUACCUUCUUCUUCCUCUUCUCAAUAUCCAAGCGCCUAAUCCAGAAUCGCAAGAACCUUCCACCAUCACCUCCGUACCUUCCCAUACUCGGCCAUCUCCAUCUCCUCAAAAAACCUCUCCACCGCUCUCUCACCACUCUCUCCAACCGUUACGGCCCCAUCCUCUCACUCCGUUUCGGCUCCCGCACUGUCCUCCUCAUCUCCUCCCCUUCUUCGGCCGAGGACUGUUUAUCCAAGAAUGACAUCAUCUUCGCCAACCGUCCCCGCCUCCUCGCUGGAAAGCACUUCGGCUACCACCACUCUUCCAUUGCGUGGGCCUCCUACGGCCCGCACUGGCGCAACCUCCGCCGCAUCGCCACAAUCGAGAUCCUCUCAUCGAACCGCAUACAGAUGUUCUCCGCCGUCCGAAUCCAGGAGGUCCGGUCCCUCGUGAAAGAUCUGUUCCGGGAUUCGGAAUUGGGGAAAUCGGUGGUGGAAUUGAAGUCGAGGUUCUCGGAACUGACUUUCAAUGUGAUGAUGGGGAUGAUCGCUGGGAAGCGGUAUUACGGAGAGAAUGUGGUGGAUUUGGAAGAGGCGAGGCGGUUUCGGAAGAUCAUAAAUGAGACUUUGAGGUUGGUUGAAGCAUCGAAUAUUGGGGAUUUUGUGCCGGUUUUGGGUUGGAUGGAUUUGGGAGGGGCGGAGAAGAGGAUGGUGAGAUUGGUGAAAGAUAGAGAUGAGUUCCUGCAGGCUUUGAUCGACGAGCAUCGAAGUAGGAAGGAGAAGGUCGAUUUCUCUUCCUUAAUGGAAGUAGAAGUUGAGGAGGAGGAGGAGAAGAAGACGUUCUUAGAUGUUCUGCUAUCGUUAAAAGAAACAGAGCCUGAGUACUACACUGAUCAGAUCAAUAAAGGAUUGCUAUCGGCCCUACUAGCUGCAGGAACGGACACGUCAGCUCUGACCACGGAAUGGGCCAUGUCGCUUCUACUAAACCAUCCAGAUGUGCUGCAGAAAGCUAAAGCUGAGCUGGACCUGCUCGUAGGACCUCAUUUGUUAGAUGAAUCUGAUCUCGCCAAGCUUCCAUACCUCCAUUGCAUCAUCAACGAGACUCUCCGAUUGUAUCCGGUGGCCCCACUUCUACUUCCUCACGAGUCAUCUGAAGAAUCCAUAAUUGGAGGUUUCUAUGUGAAACGUGGCACGAUGCUAUUGGUCAAUGUGUGGGCUAUUCAUAGAGAUCCCAACCUAUGGGUGGACCCCACCGAUUUCAAGCCAGAACGGUUUCAAGACGCAGAAGGGGCAAAGGCAGGCUUGAAGUUGAUCCCAUUUGGGCACGGAAGGCGAGGGUGUCCAGGUGCGAGCCUGGCUUUGCGGAUGGUGAGCCUGGCAUUGGGGACCUUGAUCCAAUGCUUUGAGUGGGAACGAGUCGGAGAGGAGAAGGUGGACAUGACUGAAGGGCCUGGGCUCACAAUGCCUAAGGCCCAACCUUUGAAGGCAGUGUAUAAACCACGCCAUACCAUGCUCAACUUACUUUCUCAGCUCUGAAUACCAUACACCACUUUGAAUCUGUUUGGCACACGUCAUAUCAUGGUUCGGAGCGUAUUUCCUAUUUCUUCUUGAAUAUGGUCAUUUUAUUCAGAUUACAGUUGUUACAAAAAUCUAUUAAUAGGCACAAGCCCAUGUGAGAUCACACCAUAUAUUAAUCA